CAAGCAAGAAACACCAUCGCUUUUGUUCCACGUCUUUCGGCAUCUGGUUUCGUGUCUCGAUCCCGCCCAGGCCCGCACGAUCGACAUGGGUACGGAAAGAAUGGUGACGAAGGCCGACAGCAGUUCCUGCCCAUUCUGAUCCGGAGUCGCAUUCGGUGCCGCCGCGACCGCUGUCCAUUUGAGACAGAAGGCCGCCUGCCCAGCUGUGGCCGCUGGCGGCCUGGGACAACAGUUGCCGGUCGGGCAUCGUGCGUCCCCCUCUCUCCCGUGCCCAUUUCGGGCGUGCCAGUUCUGCGCCGCCGCCCCAAGGAGGCCCUCGGCGGCCCGGCGGCAGGCGCCGCUUCGGCUCGAAGCUGCGCCGCGCGGCAUGGAGGGCGAGCGGCAUGGUCUUCGGGCAGCCAGCAAGGGGCAGCCUGCUCUGCAGCUGUGCGCGGCGAAGUGUCCGCGCAGGUCGGAGGCGUCGCCCACGCCCAGGCUGCGCCCCGCGCUGUCGCCGCCGCCACGGCCCCUGCUGGGCGGGCAGUGGUGGCAGGAUGUGGAGGACUCUGCGGCGAUGUCGUCGGGCGCGGCCCCGGCGAACAUAUGCACCAACUGCGAGCACUGCGACGGCGCCGCCGUCGACGGCGACAUGCCGUCCGAGAUCUCCAUCGGCAUGUCCUUUCUGGUUGCGCCUCCGUCGCUGGGCGCAGGCCUCAUAUGGCCCCACAUGGAUUGGGAGGGGCACUCCGUCCAAUGCGGCAACGCGGCCCUCGCCUCAGCGGUGGCGACCCACAUCCGCGCCGUCGGCUGCCCCCUCGGCGACCCGAUGAACUCGGGCGGCAUUGGGGCGCCUACGAUGCUCACCCGCGAGGGUUUGGGAAGCUCUGCGCCGCCCUGCACCGCCCCGAGCUCCGAUGGCGCCCUAGACUUCGACGGCGCCCUGAGCCCCGCUGGCGCGACUCGCGUCGCCAUGGGGUCGUUCGUCGUGGACUCCAGCGCCGUGGGAUCUUCAGCCCAGACUCUCGGGGCUCGGGGGCGCGUUUCCAGCGAGCUCCACGGGGGAUCGACGCCGCUCAAGCGGGGGCAGCGCGGCUGGCGCGACGAGUCGCGGGAGCAGCGCGGCUGGCGCGAGGGGCCGCGAGAGCACCUUCGCUCUGUCGCGACUCACGACUUCCCGGGGGGCCACAGGCAGCGCCGCGCUGCCUUGAAGUACAUCCGCGACGCGCAUCAGAACCGGCGCGCCCCCUUCUCGCCCAUGCCGGUGGCGCUCUCGAAUUCCGAGCCCACCGUCGCCGCGGCUGUCAUUUGA